CAGUCCGUAGUAUAAUUCGUAAGUUAGUACACAGUAGACAGUGCAAAGAAAAUGGCCCCAAAUCUGUAUUACAUGAGUGCUAGCCCAGCGGCCAGAUCGGUGGAUAUGUGCACUAAGGCCAUCGGCCUAGAUCUGAAUAUUAUAGAAGUCGAUCUACGUAAGGGGGCACACCUUUCUGCUGAAUACCUAAAGUUGAAUCCCCAACACACAGUCCCAUUGCUGGAUGACGAUGGCUUCGUUUUAGCGGACAGUCACGCCAUUAUGACGUAUCUGGUAUCGAAAUAUGGAAAAGACGAAACUUUGUAUCCCAAGGAUCUAAAACAGAGGGCAAUCGUUGACCAUAGACUACAUUUUGAUUCAAACAUUUUGUACGUUAGAGGACUUUUAAUAGGGAGAAGCCUCCUCUUCGAAGGCGCGAAAUCCAUCGAUCCCAAGCUUUUGGCAUCCCUUGAAGAAGCGUUCUCGAUCACGGAACAGUUCUUGGAGAGAAGCAAGUACGUCGCGGGUGAUCAACUAACCAUAGCCGAUUUCAGUUUCGUUACUUGCAUCACAAGUUGGAGCGGCGCUUUCGCACCAUUAACCGAGGACAAGUUUCCCAAAAUAUGCGCUUGGAUCAAGAAGAUGCAACAAUUGCCUUAUUACAGGGAGUGUAAUCAAGUCGGUUUGGACAUAUAUUUAGGUGCAAUUAAAGACAAAUUGUCCAAAUAAAGUUUCUUAAAAUAAUAUUCGUAUCUUUUUACUUAUUUUCUUAUUUUAUCGCAAAAAAUGCAA